CAUUUUUAGGUUUUUCAUUGCUAAUGCAUCUUCCAAAAUUUUGCCUUUUUUCUAUUUGAACAAAUGUUCAAAAUUUAAAGAGUGCAGAGUGAAAAGUGUCUCCCUGCCCUCUGGCCAUCCAGGUUCCUCCCUGGAGGUAGCUGGCUGCCUUAGAGUCUUGUUUGUCUGACGAGAUAUUCAGUGCACAUAUAAGCAAAUGCUUGUGCAUGCUCCCUUUUCCCCUUGGGUUGAUCGUUCUAAACGAGCGAUAGAAAUUCAGAAAUUGUAGUGCAUUCAUUAAAAAAAAAAUUCUUUCUGAAAAAAAACGAGGACUGAGCAAACGUAACUUUUGUUCCAUCCUCUAGUUUGUCUGUUUUCAGGGACCAAGAAUCCACUAGCUUUUUUGAGUUCUGAGAGGAGGUUACAAAACCUGCUACAAAAGUGAUUUCCCCUCAUGCACUGGCUGGUGUUUUCAGCUUGCUCAGUGUUUGACCGUUGCCUCGUCGAUGAAGCUGUCACUGUCCAAGUCCAGGAGGAAUGUUCUGAGAGCGUUGAUACCAUCCGUUAUUGUUGCUGUAAUCUGAUGUGUGUGUCCCAGGUGCUGUUCUGAACACAUUCUGUGACAUGUUCUUUCAUUUAAUUUGUGCCUCUGAACAGUCCGUGUGGUGUGUGCUCUUGGUUCCAUGGAACAGACAAGGGAGCUGGAGCCAGGACACGGUGCAUCGCUUGGUGGCACAGCUGUGGGCAGCCCCGGGGUGCAUGGCCAGGCGUCCCCACUGCAGGCCUCUCCCUCUUAACCUCAGAGUUACACCUGUCUCCUGUCCUGUGGCCUCCCUAACCUCAAGGGCAGCACCUUCCUGACUGAUGCUGGAGGGGCGUCCCGCCCAAUGACCUGCUGAUGUCCGUCCACCUGGGUCCUCGGGAGAAGGCUGCCAUGUCCCAGACACAGGACUACGAAUGUGAGAGCCAUCAUGCUGGCGGGCCGGAGUCUCGGAUUCCAGGAUCGAGCACCAGGCUGGAGUGGGUGGAGAUCAUCGAGCCGCGCACGCGAGAGCGCAUGUACGCCAACCUUGUCACCGGCGAGUGCGUGUGGGACCCCCCGGCCGGCGUGCGCAUCAAGCGCACCAGCGAGAAUCAGUGGUGGGAGCUCUUCGACCCCAACACGUCUCGCUUCUACUACUACAACGCCACCACGCAGCGCACAGUGUGGCACCGGCCGCAGGACUGCGACAUCAUCCCCCUGGCCAAGCUCCAGACCCUGAAGCAGAACACCGAGUCCCCCCGAGCCUCGGCAGAGAGCAGCCCCGGGCGGGCCAGCAGCGUCAGCCGGGACGGCAGCACCAGCUCAUCUCUGGAGCCCGAGCUGGACACAGGCGACAAAGCGCAGGAGCCGCUGGGGAGGGCCGGCCGGCCGGCCGCUCUUGGGGCUGUGAAGGAGGAGAGCGGCAGCUCCUCGCCCUUGGGAGCACUCCUGGAGAAGGACUGUGAGGUUUACCGGGACUACGGCGCGGAUGGCCACCUUCCUCACUGCAGGACCUCCUCACUGCGCUGGAACUCGGGCACCAAGGAGCGCAUGCUCAUCAAAGUUGCCGACAGGGAGCCCAGCUUCCUCUCCCCGCAGGGCAAUGGCUACCCGCUGGACAGCCAGCCUGGCGGGCGCUCCCGCAGACCCUCUGGGGGCCAGCACUCACCCAGCCUGCAGGCUCUCACCCCUGAUGCGGACAGCCCUGUCUUCUUCUCUGAGCGGAGGCCCUCGCCCUUCCUGAAGAGGGCAGAGCUGGGGAGCUGCUCCCCUCUGCUGGCCCAGCCCCGCAAGCCCGCUGGUGACUCUCAGCCCUCCUCCCCACGCUAUGCCUAUGAGCCCCCCCUCUACGAGGAGCCCCCUGUGGAGUACCAGGCCCCCCUCUAUGACGAGCCACCCAUGGACGUGCAGUACGAGGCCGGUGGGGGCUACCAGGCCGGCUCUCCCCAGCGGUCUCCCGGCCGCAAGCCCCCCAAGCAGGCCUCCGCCUCGCCCUACCAGCAGCUGGUGCUCACCAGGCAGAAGUGCCCUGAGCGCUACCUGAGCCUGGAGUACAGCCCAGCGGGCAAGGAGUAUGUGCGGCAGCUGGUGUACGUGGAGCAGGCUGGCUCCAGCCCCAAGCUGCGCAUGGGCCCACGGCACAAGUACGCACCCAACCCUGGCAGCGGCUCACUCUCCCUGCAACCUAGCCCCUGCCUGUUGCGGGACCAGCGCCUGGGGGUCACGUCCGGGGACUACAGCAGCAUGGAGGGGCCCGAGCUGCGGCACGCCCAAUCGCCCUUGCCUCUGCCCCAGCCCCAGGAUGAUGCCAUGUCCUGGUCCAGCCAGCAGGACACCAUGUCCUCGACAGGCUACUCCCCUACCACACGCAAGAGGAAGAGCAGGAACCCCUCCCUGGGCCAUGCCCCCGGCGCUUCAUCCACCGAAGGCCCUGGGGACCGCGACCUGCUCAGCGAGCAGCCCCUGACAGAGGAGCGGCCCCUGUGCGGGCCCAGCCUGGCCCCCACAAAGCGCACAGACGGCAAGGCGGGUGAGGCGGACGGGCCCCGGGGCAUGACUGAGCCCUUCCUGGCGCAGGCCCGGCUGGCCUGGGAGGCACAGCAGGCCCACUUGCACAUGAAGCAGAGGGGCAGCUGGGACUCCCAACAGGAUGGCUCGGGUUAUGAGAGUGACGGGGCCGUGCCGCUGCCCAUGCCCGGGCCCGUGGUGCGCGCCUUCAGCGAGGACGAGGCGCUAGCCCAGCAGGAGAGCAAGCACUGGCAGAGGGGCGCCUUGGACAGGCUUGCCUUCCCCCAGGUCCUGCUGGAGAAGAGCGUCUCUGUGCAGACCAGCCUGGCCUCCCCAGAGCCCUACCUCCACCCUUCACAGUCUGAGGACCUUGGCACCUGUGCCCAGUUCGAGAGCAGCCGGCCGGCCCGCAGCAUGAUGCCCAGCGCCAGCUGCGUGUUCCCCACCUUCACACUGCGCAAGCCAUCCUCGGAGACUGACAUCGAGAAUUGGGCCUCCAAGCACUUCAACAAGCACACGCAGGGCCUCUUCCGUCGAAAGGUGUCCAUCGCCAACAUGCUGGCCUGGAGCAGUGAGUCCAUCAAGAAGCCCAUGAUAGUGACCAAUGACCGCCACGUGAAGAAGGAGGCCUGUGAGGUCUUCAAGCUCAUCCAGAUGUAUAUGGGUGACCGGCGUGCCAAGGCAGACCCGCUGCACGUGGCCCUGGAGGUCGCCACCAAGGGCUGGAGUGUGCAGGGCCUGCGGGACGAGCUGUACAUCCAGCUGUGCCGGCAGACCACUGAGAACUUCCGCCUGGAGAGCCUGGCCCGUGGCUGGGAGCUCAUGGCCAUCUGCCUGGCCUUCUUCCCUCCCACACCCAAGUUCCAUUCCUAUCUGGAGGGCUACAUCUAUCGGCACAUGGACCCCGUCAACGACACCAAAGUGACACAGCACAUGAAAGAGCUCCUGGAAAGGAACACUAAGAAGAAGUCCAAGUUGAGAAAGAAACCCAAGCCUUAUGUUGAGGAGCCGGAUGGGGUGGCUAUAAGCACAUACGCCAAGUACUGUUACCACAAGCUGCAGAAGGCAGCCCUUACCGGGGCCAAGAAGGGGCUGAAGAAGCCCAACGUGGAGGAGAUUCGGCACGCCAAGAACGCCGUGUUCAGCCCCUCCAUGUUUGGCAGCGCGCUGCAAGAGGUCAUGAGUCUGCAGAAAGAGCGCUACCCUGACCGGCAGCUGCCCUGGGUACAGACUCGGCUGUCUGAGGAGGUGCUCGCACUCAACGGUGACCAGACGGAAGGCAUCUUCAGAGUCCCUGGGGACAUUGAUGAGGUGAACGCCCUGAAGCUACAGGUGGACCAGUGGAAGGUGCCAACAGGCCUGGAGGACCCUCAUGUCCCAGCCCCUGUCCACCCUUGCUGCAGCCCAGCAGGUGCCCUGCGCCCUGCCCAGAGGUGCCUGCCCAGCAAGCCAGCUGAGCGUCCACGCUGUGUUCCCAGCAUCACUCCUGAAGCUGUGGUACCGGGAGCUGGAGGAACCCCUGAUCCCGCACGAGUUCUACGAGCAGUGCAUUUCUCACUACGAGAGCCCCGAGGCCGCCGUGGCCGUGGUGCACGCGCUGCCCCGAAUCAACCGUCUGGUGCUGUGCUACCUCAUCCGCUUCCUCCAGGUGUUCGUGCAGCCGGCCAACGUGGCCAUCACCAAGAUGGACGUCAGCAACCUGGCCAUGGUGAUGGCGCCCAACUGCCUGCGCUGCCGCUCGGACGACCCGCGCGUCAUCUUCGAGAACACUCGCAAGGAGAUGUCCUUCCUGCGGGUGCUCAUCCAGCACCUGGACACCAGCUUCAUGGAGGGCGUGCUAUAACACCUGGGCACCAAAGGACCAAGGGUGGGGACAGAGCCUGCCCAGGUGCGCGGGGUCAGGGGAGCACGCAGGGAGGGGGGAGGGAACGCCCCAGCCGCGGAGGUAGCAUGCCAGGCUCCGCCCAUGCCCGCCCCAGCCCUGGAACCCCCAUUUCCCCCACCCAGGCCCUCGGCCUGAGGGCGCAGCCAGGGCAGAGGGGCUGCAGGAAGGGCGCCUCUAGCCACCACCCACCCACCCCCGCCUCGUGGCCAGUUCGGUGGGCACUGCCCCACCCACCACAAGCCGCGGAUCAGCCCCAAGAAAGUGCCUUUUGUUUCCUGGAGCCAAGUGACACUGCCCCUCCCGGCCGGCCCGAGAGCACAAGCCGCCCUCCCCGGGUGAGCUGCCUUGCUGGGGCUCCUGCGCUCAGCCUAGCCCUGGUCUGGGCCCAGCGUGGCUGCCCCUUUCUCCUCCUCUGCUCUCUCUUACCCUCGGUCUCCUGGCCUACAACUUCCGCCCUCCCGGUCCCUUCCCGCCCCCUUCCCCACCACCUGUGGCUUCCAUGGUGGUGACUGCACAGGAAUUUGCGGGCUUAAGGACACUGGGCUGUCCACCACCAGAGCCGAGCCAGGCUGGCCCAGGGUCCGGUAGAUGCUCUCUAGGUGUGGAGGGAGCCCCCAAACCAAAGUCCUCUGGGGUGGGGGCAGGGUUGGGCAGGCAUUCUUGGGGCAGGGUGGGGGAGGGGCGAGAAUAUUUUUUUCUUCGUGUAACUAUAAAUUCAGAAUCUAUCCUGCACCCCAGCCCGCCUGUGUAUAGAGAUAUAAAUAGAGCGAAACAUAUAAGAACUAAAUUUGCUAAUGACAUAGUCUUAACCCAAAUGUUAUUUAUUUGAGUUGUUCUCGUCUGUCCUCUUCAGACAAGUUGGUAUCAUUCCUUCAUUUUUCUCUCCACCCUCCUGGCUUCUGACCAAAAACCAAACCCUGCCCUAUCCCUAUUCAGGACCUGCAGCAGAUGAGAGGGGAGGAACCCCGAGCUCGGGGACUAGGGUGGUGCUGGGGACUCCCCUUCCUCGAGGCCAGAGCUGGGGGGUGGUGGGGAGGUACCUAGAUUUUCAGUUUGUGUAUUUUCCAUUUUGGAAUUUUGAGUUCCAACUGUCGUAGAACUUAAUUUCCCCCUAGUUUUUAUAUAUAUAUAUAUUUUUUAGAGUUGAGUUUUUAUUUAUUAUUAAAGACAAAAAAGCCCAGCCCUGCCGAGACCCGGGUGUCCCCUGGGGGAACGUCCUCAGUCGGGUGGUCUUGGGCCCUGAGGAGGCGCAGUGGGUCCACAGACUCGCUCUGACGCAUGGUCGAGAGGUGACAACACUCUGUGUGAAUAAAGUACAUAUAGACACUUGCAAA